GCGCCGUCCGUUCGCUUUCAUUGUUGAAAUAGCAGUCGCUCGGAGCAGUUCAUUCAAGUUGUUCAGUGAUUGCCUUAAAGUAGCACAUCCGCCACUCUCUCUCUCUCUCUCUCCGCCCGCCCGCUCGCUCUCAACGAAACUUCCAGACGGACCAUCUCCGACCCCAGCAAGCAAGUGUGUGCGUGUGCACGAGAAAUAAACGCGUGAAAAUCCCGUCAGCUCCCCCCCGCCCCAUAAAGCACGGUUAGUAGUGUGCCUGUGGUACCACCAACGCCAACACCACCAGGAAAAUCCAGCCGCGCUAAGCGAAGCGUUACUUUUCUUCACUUGUGUCUAUUUUGUUUAUCGUAUGUCCAUCCAGAAUCUUAAUACAUUUGACCCAUUUGCUGAUGCAAUAAAGGGUGCAGACUACGAUGUGCAGGACGGUCUCGUGCACAUAAGAAUUCAGCAGAGAAAUGGUCGCAAAACGCUAACCACUGUCCAGGGAUUGUCGGCCGAGUACGACCUGAAGAAGAUCGUGCGAGCAUGUAAGAAGGAAUUCGCAUGCAAUGGCACAGUAAUUGAGCAUCCUGAGUACGGCGAGGUACUACAGCUGCAGGGUGACCAGCGGGAGAACAUUUGCCAGUGGUUAACCAAGUCCGGUCUCGCGAAGCCGGAACAGCUGAAGGUGCACGGUUUCUAAGCCAAGCACCCUACGCGCCCACCACCACCACCAGCAUCAAAAUCAUCAUCAUUACUACCGCGCCACCGCGUGUACGUGUGUUGUGGCGCUUAGGAGGAAGUGUGUGAGUGUGUGAAACAAUAGCUCUUACCCAGCGAGAAUAGGCAGGAAGUGUUGUGAAGUAAGGCGUUUUAGAGCGAAGGGAAAUUCAGGAAGGAAUUAGUGCUUUUUACAGAGUCAUCAAUCCUAGCCAUCGGCGCACUUAUUUUGCAAACUCACUGGAGAAAGCAUCCGUCUAUACGGCGCGUUUCCCCAGUGCAACCAAUAGUUACACUAUCCUCGGCACCUCCGGAGUGUGUGCAUUGCUUCACCAUUCAACAUCCGUGGGCCCACCAGCGCAUACCCCCCCCCCCCCCCCCACUCUACCCCCGCUUGAAUGAUUGUAAAUUCUCUCACCACAGAUUCUCAACCCGUUUUCUCCUACCACAUGCUCUCGGUAUUGAUCGGUUAAUUGGAUUUAAAUAAGCUUCUUUUAUAUCGUUGUCGUCGCACAUCACGCACAUCUUUUUCUCUCUGGUUCAUAUUGCUUCCCGCAAUGCUUGUUGGGUGCGUAAUUAGGAGUGUAAAAUAUCCCAAAUAACUCUCAUCUCUUCUCCGAAUGAUAUGGAGUAUUUUUGCUUCCGAUGAAAGUUCCCAAACGUAGAGCAGACCAUUCCCGGCAGCAGCAGCGACGAAGUGAAGGAGCACCGUCUCCGUUCGUUCGUGCUGCAGCUGGACCGGUGCCCCGCAAAGGGUGCUAACCGCGUAGCGGUUGGCCACCCCGAACGGGCAUGGGCACUCUGCAGCAGCUGCUGCUGCUGUAAGUCCUCCGCAGUGAUGAUGGAGACUUAAAGCAGCAGCCCUACAACAGGGACAAAGGGAGGAGAGAGAGAGAGAGUUAGAGCGAGCGAGCAAGAGAGGGAGAGAGAGAGGGGUGUAUGUGUGUGUGCGUUCGAGGCGCGCGCGUGCACUCGGGCCAAUGAGUCCGCCGCGUCCAACGAAACACAUUUAACAUCAAACAAAAAGGGCUAAUUAUUGAACGUUAACGACAGACGGGCGCGCGCGCGCGGUGUGUGAUGUGUGCGUGUAUGCGCAUCCGGUUUAACAGCAAACACAGCCGCAGCAACAAUAACAGCAACAACAGCAUCAGCAACCAGAGCAUCAGGCCUUCUUUUCCGGCAAGGAAAACACUGUCUUCAGGAGUUUGCAGCGUUAUACACUUUUGUCAUCUUAGAUCGAAAUAAUAAUGUAAAGCAAACAGAUUAAACGAAAAAACAUUAAAAAAACACAACAUAGCCAAAUCCAGAAGAUAAAA